AUGAAUUCCAUCAGUCUACCUGAUCCUUGUCUCACUGCUCAGACAAUUCGUACUGGCCCCGUUGAUCCCGACGUAGGAGGAAUUGCAGUAGGAGUGUCCAAUAUCUCAAUAAACAUACUGCUUCGUACGUCACCCUCGCGGAACUUUUCAAAUGUAUGCUACACCUCGAGAAUAGCGAUCCUCCUACGCUGGUCAGGCCAUGAUUUGAAGACCUCGAUCUUUAUGCUAUUAUCUCAAGUCUAUCCAAUCCUCAUUGCAACGGCGUCAAGCAUUGGGAGCGAAGACCUUUCCUUGUUCGAUGCUCAUUACGCGGUCGCCGUUACUGCUUCUCCCAUAACCGUCUACCUCGUCUAUUCUUCAUUUCGAGACCUUUUCCUCGGCCCGAAUAUUCUUUUUCAGAAACUUAUGUCGUCUAAGGCCAUUGUGCGGUACCUCGGCCUAAUGCUGCCCUUUCUCUGGCUCUUUGUAAGUCUCAUGACGUCUUUCUACACAAAGGCCUUCCGCAAUAGUCCACUCUGCCGGGGAAUGACCCUAUCUCUGUGGACUGAGUUCCAACUCGCAUCCAACUUUAUCGGCGUCCUUGAUGUGAUGGGUAAGCGUGAUCUGAUAGACGACAUCGUGCAAAGAGGAGGAUUGGGAACGGUGUCGCUCUUAGGCCUCUGGAUAUACGGAAUCUACCUAGUUCGCCACAGACGUGACAUAUUUCACAAAUACCAAACCUGGCAAAAUAAAUCACAACAUCUCCCAACGUGGAAGCGAAUUUUUCUCACGGUCUGGUACAUACCAAUGGCGUGUUGGUUCGUUGUUACGAAGUCUCACCCAUGGAUGAUAUUCCUCGUUGUUUUUUGUUUUCACUGGAGUUGGUGCCUUGGGAUAGCCAGGGGGCUAACAUUCGAUGGUUAUCAAUUCAAUUACGGCCAGGUGACUUCGGUCUUCUCUAUAAUACCGCCCUUCCUUGCUGUCGGCGAAUUGCUCGUCCAGCGAUCGAGCGACAUAUUCGAUUACUUCAAGGGCAUGCCCCGGUAUUUCUGUACUGGUGUCAGGUUUUUACUGACUGGGCGACCGAAUUCCCGGGAACAAGAUCUUUUGGAAACACGGCGCGCUUCAAAUUCUUGGUCACCCCUCCAAUGGUUAGGUGUCCUCGUUGUGUGGCUCUCCGUUUCGGGACUUCAAGCCGCCUGGAUUUUGGGAUACGUGGAAGGAGGGUCAAAACCCAACCUCCGUAACAUAGUGACCGCCCACCACAAGUUGUGGAAACCGUUUUCAAUAUCUCUGUAUGUCAAUGGAUACAUGGUGUGCGUCAUCAACAUCCUGGUGUGGACCAGUUACUUCGAGCACGUAAGAUGGUGGAAGACCCGUGAAACGAUGGCAGCGUCCCCAAUUGACAAGUUAUAUAAAACAUCUAUCAAGUAUAUGAAGAGGACCUUGCAUCUCAUAAUCGUCCUUCCAAUUGCCUUCGCCAUGUGCGCUGGCCCAUUAUUUGCCCCAUUCGCUGGCUUGCCCCUCGCCCAGCAGUACCAAUGGACGCACGUUUGUGACUCCUUCGCCGGAGAAGCAAUCAUCCAAUCACCCUCCCUCGGUUCUUCUCGAAAACCUCUCAUGUCAUUCUAUUACCCCCAAACCCCAGACUCAACCGCCAAAAUCCACUAUUUUGACUACGUUAUGGCAAAUGACCCAAACGCAACGAUCCAAACGCUCUCAUUCGCCGGCGCAGUAUCGCAAGGGGUCAUUCCAGCCGACCUCUGGCCAGACAUCCAAUCCGUAUCAAUCGCCUCCCCCGGAAAAAGCAACUCCAUCUCAGCGCAAUGCGCAACGGCAGGCAACUCGUCCAUGGUUCCCGUCCCAUGCAUGACGGGGACUUAUCAAAUAUCGCCGUAUCUUAAUUUUUCACUCCAAGAUUCUGGAAAUACCACUUAUCUUCGGGCGGUCGAUGAAGAGUGGCAAUUUGUUGAUGACGCUCCAAGCUUUGUCCUUCGAUACUCCUCGCCAGAUCCACACCAGCCACUGGGAGGCAUAGCCAUCCAGACUGCUGUCACGGAGCGCAACCAUUGCGAAGUUCUCAAAGUCUGCCUUGGCUCCAGGAAAUUGGGUUUCGAUAUCCUGGCUCCCCUUGGGGUAGCGUUUAUCUCUCAGAACAACUUCGCCGCCUUCUGCACGCAGCCUCGAAUCUACAACCUUUGA